AUGGUGUCGGCCAAGGGGACCGCCCAGGACACCCUGCCCCAGAGCCAGCAGCAUGCAGCAGAGACUCAGAGCGGCACUCGGGUGACCCAGCAGCUGGGGGCACUCGUGGCCGAGUCGCCAGCGGAUGUCCUGAGGAUGCCCGGGGCCCUGCAUGGCCUGCCAGGGAGCUGGCACCAUGGCAGGCCCAGGGCUGCAGGUCAGACGCCACAGACUCACCGGGAAUUUGGGGCCAAGCCUCUCCCGUCAGAAACCCUCAUCCUGGCCGUCUGGACAGGUUCCAUGAUCUAUUUCUGGAGCGCCCGUCCCAGCCAGGAGGGCACAGAGGGCCACUGCACGCAGUCUGGUGACCGGAGGGUCGUCUGGGGCUCUCUGCAGGGUGCACAGGGGUCCCCAAGAAGGAGCCGGAAGGAGCCAAGGAGCUCGCUGAGGUUCUCCCCAAGCAAUCACAGACUGUAUUUGUCCAAGCGAUGCUGCGAACCGGAUCUGGGACAGAGAUGUGAUCGGAAAACCAAAGAGCGGGAGGGAGAGCGAACAGCGCUGCGGGGUGAGCGGAGCGUCAGUGGGGACGCGAACGACGCCUUGCUUCCGACUCCGGCACGAGGAAUUUCCUUAAAGGCAGAUUCAUGGAGGUGCAAGUUCUUCAGUCUGACUGAGACGCCGGAGGAUUACACCAUCAUUGUUGAUGAGGAGGGGUUCUUAGAGCUGCCCUCCUCGGAGCACCUGAGCGUGGCGGACGCCACCUGGCUGGCCCUGAACGUGGUGUCCGGUGGGGGCAGCUUCUCCAGCUCACAGCCCAUCGGUGUGACCAAGAUUGCCAAGUCAGUCAUUGCCCCGCUGGCUGACCAGAACAUCUCCGUGUUCAUGCUCUCCACCUACCAGACGGACUUCAUCCUGGUGCGUGAACGGGACCUGCCCUUCGUCACGCACACCCUCUCCUCGGAGUUCACCAUCCUGCGGGUCGUCAAUGGCGAGACGGUGGCAGCCGAGAACCUCGGCAUCACCAAUGGCUUCGUGAAGCCCAAGAUGGUCCAGAGGCCUGUCAUCCACCCUCUGUCCAGCCCAAGCAACAGGUUCUGUGUCACCAGCCUGGACCCUGACACGCUGCCCGCGGUCGCCACACUCCUCAUGGAUGUCAUGUUCUACUCCAAUGGAGUGAAGGACACCAUGGCUGCUGGGGAGGAUUGCGGCCACAUCCGCUUCUUCUCCUUCUCCCUCAUCGAGGGCUACAUCUCCCUGGUGAUGGACGUGCAGACCCAGCAGAGGUUCCCUAGUGAUCUGCUGUUCACGAGUGCAUCUGGCGAGCUCUGGAAGAUGGUGCGGAUCGGGGGACAGCCCCUGGGAUUCGAUGAGUGUGGCAUCGUGGCCCAGAUCUCCGAGCCGCUGGCUGCUGCAGACAUCCCUGCCUACUACAUCAGUACGUUCAAGUUCGACCACGCUCUGGUACCAGAAGAAAACAUCAACGCCGUCAUCAGCGCCCUGAAAGUCAGCCAAGCAGAGAAGCAUUAGGAGGGCCUCUUCUGCUCCUCCCUGUCUGCCCCCCAGGCCUGGGCCAGGCCCCUACCCUGAAGAUUCUUCUCACAGUAUUUCUCACAGACUGGAAAAUCGGCCCCAGGGGCCCCCAAGACGGGGCCUCAGGGAGACACCCCUGAUUGUUCACCCUGCCGGGCCUGGGGCCCAAGCUAAGGCCUCCCCAUGCCCUCCUGCCUUCCUGGAGCCCCCAGACCCUCCAGAGAACCCCCCCUCAAGCUGCCUCCUCCCCCCUACCCCUACUCCAGGGAGCCCACAGGCUGACCCCCUUUCUCCUCUGGCCUCGCCCACAGUGGGGGGCAGAUGCCGAAGGAAGCAGACUCCUCCUCCAAGACCACAGGGUUCUGAUUCUCGGUCAUCUUGGGGAGCUGGCCGAGCGGAGCCGAGUUCACGGAGACUGGGGAGGCCCCCUUGAGGACCUGGGGCUGGAUGUGGUACCUGCUGGUCUCCGGUUCCAUCAGCUCCGGGCUGGUUCCCGCAGAGUGGAGGCCAGUGCGCUGGGGGGGCUCUGACAAGCACGGGUGGGCGGGGCCCCGAUCCGGGGAGGACCCAGGCCACCCGGAAUGUCAUCUGCCAUCCACAGGGCCUGCACCCCGACUCCCAGCAAGACUGCCAAGGGGGCCCUGUCCAGACCAUCCCUGCCGUAAGCACUCAUUCCUGGGGCAGUUCCCAGGACACCCACCAGCCUGGGGCUCGAGCUCCUGUCCCCCUGCUUUCCCUGCACCCUACUUGGGCAGGCGGAGCCUCGGUUUCCCUGAAGUGGGGGUGCCCCCAGCACUUUGGGCCUGGGGUUCCUUGGGUCACCCCCACUCCCCAACAGUUGACUAGACCAGCACAGGGCUCCCCUGCUCUCCUGCCCCCUCCCCUGUCCCACUCCUGGGGGGAUGUGGAAGGCCUCUGCCCCCAACUCACCUGCCUGCCCGCCCCUCAGCUGGGGCCCAUGGCAUUCAUGAGUACUUGACCUGGGGGGCAGCUUAUCUGAGCCUUAAUAGAGAAAACCGUACCGUAUGUUUUAGUUUCUUAUUUAAUGUACUUGCGCCCAGGCUGUGGUUGGCAGCAGUUUCAGGGGACAGGGGACGGGGCCUCAUGAGUGCUGUUGGGGGACCCAGAGGCUCAGGGUCACUCAGCUGGCACCCUGUGGCUCCAGGGACAGGCGUGAGAAUUGGUGGGUGUCACAGAAGCAGGAGUGCUUUUUUGGAGCAGGCAGCAGAGGUCUGUGACAAGAUAGGGGUUCCCCGGGGUGCCCUGAGGCCCACAGCAGUGAACAGCGAGGUGGCAGGCCAGCCAGGAAGAAUGGGGUGAGCCACAGACCCCCCCCCGCCCCGGGCACUUUUUCUCAGGCAGCAGCUGCCUUGCGCUGUUCCCAGGGAGCUCAGAGAAGGGGUGCCAGCCCUGGUGAGGGGCUCGUGUGAGCCCCCCUGCCCCGUUCUCCCAGCAUCGGGGGGCCCUCUGUGCCCAGGAGGCCCACCAGGAGAGAGCGAUGUGUCUAGAUCCUUGAAGAUGUUCAGGGCCCAAGCACUGAUUAGGAACCCACCUUUCUUUUUUUUUUUUUUUUUAAGUUAAUUUGUGUUGCACAAAACUCUUAAAACAACCAAAAUGUGUCCAUUUGUUUGCUGGCUCCAAAUCCAGGGGGUGGGGGGGGGGGGUGGGCGGCCGAGCGGGCAGGAAAGCGCCUGAAGCCAAGUCCCCUUUCCCCUUUCCCUCCUUGGAAGGCCUUGAUGUUCUGUGGCUGGCGCCCUCUCGCCCUCUCCAGACUCCUUGCCCGUCCCGUUGGUCCCCUGGUGAUGUCACUUCUCCACCUUCCCUCCCUCCCCGCCCAGCAGAUGUGUCGGCCCCGUGACCCCAGAAACGUGUGCUCCCCAGACCCCCCUUCCCGCAGGACGUAUCUACUGUCCACACUUAUACAUACCUGUGUUUUAUGUUGAUAUAGAGAUAUACUGUAAAUAGCAUAUAUACUUGAGCAAUAUAUGUUAAUAUAUGCUGUGUGGGCACGCACACGCGUGUGUGCACAGUACGUGGACACGGACCCCGCCAUGUGCAUGCACGUGUGGCCGGGAGGACCUCCUCCCGCUGCGUUUGCUGUGCACACGGGCACGUUUGGAGCCACCGUAUAUUUUUAAUUCAAGUAUAUAGGCAAUACAUUAUUCGAGAAACCCUGACUUGAGAGGGGAAAAAAAAAAACCAGCAGCCCCGGAGCAGAGCCCCAGGGCUCUCUCCCAGGUCUCCCCUGAAAGCUGGAUUCAGCCCCUUCCUGCACCCCGGUUUCCAUGACCCAGGCCCCUGGGCACCAUUGUUUUCUCUGGGGGGCAGUGGUGUGGAGAGAGGAGGGUUGGAAUUUCUUGCCCUUGAGCUGAAAGGCCCUGUGACCAUUGCUCUGAGCCCAAAGACCUGGGCAGGUAGGUGAUCCCGCCCCAGCUUUCCACCCGGGACCCCCUCCCCUCCCCUCCCCUUCCCUCUGGCUGUUGGUGCCAACUGCGUACCUGGUCCUUUUCCCCUGCGAGCUUAGAAACUUGAGCUUCUUUUCUCAGGCCUCCUCCUGGACACUGGCCCCGUCUAGCCACGAAAAGGACCAAUGAAUGCCCUUGCCCUCGGGUCCGGGAGGGGCUGGGGUGAGGGCUGUUGGGUGUGUUGGCAGCUAUCUGUAGCUUCCCGUUCCCGGGCUCCCCUCGUGCUGGGCCCAUGAGGAGCAUAGUCAGGGAUUUGGUCUCCACGGCAGUUUGGGGGGGAGUGCCCCACAUUUGCAGGUUGCAGUGGGGGUGUCUCCAGGCCCACGAGAGCGGCCUGAGGAAUACGCCGUCGAGGCUGCGGAUCUCUUGGCUCUGGCUGGUGGGGCACAUGGCAGGGGCAGAAGAACGGGGUUCCCGAGUGAGGAAUGGGGUUCCGUCCGAGAGGCAGGGGUGAGUGGUGGCCCCAACCUGCCUCCUGGGCUCUGGGUGUGUGUGUCUUUGCCUCCAUGCCACUCUGCGAUAAGAAAAGCUUGCUCUAGCUUAAGGCCACCCCCGCCCCUUGCCUGCCCCAUCCCUGCACACUAAAGAGAGGAGGCGGGGAGAGGGGGAGGCAUGACCAUCCCCUUUUCUCCCUCACCCCCAGUUACAAAAGUCUGUGACUCAAACCCUCAGCAUGGGCUCCUUUGGUUUCUAAGAAAUGCCUUCCUCCCUCGGCACCCCUUCCCCGGGAUUUGGGGGUUCCCGAGUGUCCCAAGCACCAGCAUUCUCCUCCUGCCACCAAUUCCAGGCUACAGGCCCCUGGUGAGAAGGAAGGGACUCAGGUGACCCAGAGCUGCCCACCAUGGCCUCCCCCGUCAGCGUGGCCUUGGUGACCAGUGUGGUGUCCAGAAGAAGAUGCGUGGUCUGGCCAGGCUUGUCCCCUGUGAGGUGACCGAGGAUGGCGGAGAAGGUUCUGGGGUCAUGGGUAGGGUGAGACCCCUAUCCCAAGCUAAGGGCACCAUUUACUGAUACUCAAAGAUGAGGCUGACCGUUAGGAGUCUGUGGUCACCCUAGGCUGCCUCUCUGGGCCUCUGGAUUGGAUGUGGGGACAACUUGGGUUCCCAGCCAGGGCUAAGAGGGACCUUGAGGAUCUCCCGAGUGAUAGCCAAGCACUCCUGUGCUCUGUGACCUAGGAGUUUUUGAUACCAUCUCCUGAGUAAACCCUGAGUAGGGGGUAGGAAGAACACCCCCCUCCAACAGAACCGUGCCCCCCUGUAAGGCCCCAGAGCUGGGGAACAGCCAGCCACAGCUGUCACAGCCGCUGGGAAACGGAGCCGGUGUGUGACUGGCUUGGUGCACAGAGUUUGAGGGGUGAGGAUCAUGGGGUCUCCCCGUCAACCACCUACCACCAGAAAGACCAGAGCUUUGGCUCUUCAGGUUUCCCAGAUGCUGUGCUGAGGGAGGCGCUGGGCCAGGAGGGGCGGUAGCCCUCCCUACAGAGGCCGCCAGAGGGGAGCCAACCAAGAUGGCCGCUUGGUGGUCCACCCAGCAGAGGGCCGGCUUGGGGAGAGAGGCCGGGCUGUCCGGAGGGCAGUUGAGUCCUACUCUAGCUGGAUCUCUUUUCCUGUAUCUCCGAGCUCAUCCAAGCUUGUUUCCUUUCAUUUUCAAAUUAGAGGCAACAAAAGCGCAAGCUUCAUUGUAUCUGUUGGCCCUCAGACCCUGGGAGAAGGUCACAGGGUGGGCUGUGGCCUUCAGCUGUGACACCCACGCCCUUCUGUGAAGCCUGCUCUCUCAGGUGAAGGGUGGGCAGGAGCUGUUGGCUGAGGCAGCCCGCCAGCCUUGGGGCGGAUGGUGCCGGGAGGGGCCCGGGUCCAAGGGACCAGGAAGCCGCGGGCAUCCGGAGUUUGAGGCUCUUGGAACAAGGAGGGGAAAGGCUGGGAGUCAGGGCAGUGGCAUUUGCUCGGCCACAGGUGUGUGAAUACGCACACACUUGGAAGUGUGCACACACCCUGUCCUGCACAUGAGCGUGUGUGUGAGCAUGUGUGCAGAGCCUGCAUCUGAGCCAAGGGCCCGGCUCCUUCAGUAUCUUGAGGCCUUGGGGGCCGCACAUAGAGUUGUGAUAGGGUGUGGGGGGCAGAGGCGUCCCCAGCUGGGGCUCUGCCAUGCCCCGCAGACGCCUCGCAGCCCACACAGCCAGCCCGGGGAGCUAGGGUGCCGGUGCCCCUCGCCUACUGGGGUGGGGCUGCGGGACUGAUCUGCAAAGAGCGUCCAUAGAAGUCGGAGACCAGGGUGGGGAGCGCCGUUGGUGGUGGAUGAAAGACGGGCCAAAUUCGUGUCCCAAGGUCAAGCCCAGUGCAUUUUCUUGUUCUCUGCCUCAGUUUACCUAUUCAGAAAAUGGUCCAGGGAGAACUGAGCAGGGUCGGCGCCAAAACUGGGCCUGGUGGAGGUGUGGGGAGGGCAGGGGGCUGAUGACAAACAAAAUCCUAAGUCCUCCUCUUGCUCUACGCCAAAACUAUUUCCGUUAUCCUGAGAUGGGGGUGCGUGGCUGUCGGGUGCACGAUGAGGCUCCGAGGGGCCUCUGCCCUGCCCGGGCCUUGCCUCGGGGGGGUCCGCCGCCCCCCCCCUUGCAAUGCCCCAGGUCACCAGCAGUAGCAGUGCCACUUAGAUCUGUCCCAGGGCCUGGGCGAGGGGGGAGCACUGGGUGACCCUGGGUCCCGGGGCCCUCACGCUUACUCUCUUUCUUGAAGAAACACAAAACCCUCAAGAUUCAUGUACUGUAUGACGGAGAGAAAAAAGUACCUAAUGUUCCCCCCCAAAAAAGACAGUAUAUUUUGUACUUUGUAAAGUGUUAAUUAAAAUGGAGAAAAAAAAUG